CAUCCCUUUUGUUUCUCCUCAAUUCCUUUAUUUUUACCAUCUAAAAACCAAUGGGCACUACUACCUUAAACUACACAUUACAUUAGCGUAUAGAUCAAACCCAACCCAACUUUGGUGACCAAGUAAUAGAGAAAAUACAAGCACCCAUUUGGCCCUUUCUCCCUCCAAGUCCCCAAAAUAAUAAAAUUAAAAAAGGCUUUAGUGAGUUUAUUUUGUGUGCGUGUGUGAGGAGAGAGGUCUUUAAGUUUAACCUUGCAAAUAUUUGCACUUUAUUCUCUUCUUCAAAUUCUAUACUUUGCUCUCUCUACUCAGAACGUGUUUGUUUUUUUCAUUAUUCAAAAUUUUUAUUACCUUGAGAGCUCUGUGUCUUUGAUUUAUAUCAGCUGCAUUGUCUUGUUUUUACUCUCCGAAUCUCAUAGUUUCACUUCUGUUUCUUAUUUUCCUCUCAUUCAGUUUUGUUAAUCUCUUUAACUCAGUUUCUCUGAACUAAACGCAGAGAUUCCUUAACUGGGUAUUUCUUGGAUUCUUGUUUACAAAAUGCCAAGUAUUUGUAUCUUUCAAUUGUUUUCUGUUCAUCACUUGACAUCAAAAGCAUUCAUAUUUCUUGAACAAAAGAUUGUUUUUUGAUUCUUUUUAUACUUCACAUUCUAUUCUGUGCAAGACCCAGAAGUUAAAUUUGCCAUCUUUGUCAUUGGAAUUUUUGAAAAGCUUAUGAAUUUGUGACACAAUGAGAGAUGGGAACUCGAAGAGCAAGGUCUCAUGGCCCAAGACACUGGUGAAGAAGUGGUUCAAUAUCAAGAGCAAAGCUGAGGAGUUUCUAGCAGAUGAUGUUGUUUAUGGAGGUGGUGAUGAAGACUGGAGGAACAACUUCUCAGAGAAAGAGGCGUGCACCAUCAAGAAAAGCAAAACAGAGAGAUUGAACAAGAGGUAUUCUGAUCGAGUCCGACGAAAUAAGAUUGACAUUGAUGCUGCACAAGCUACUGAUGUUCAUAAUUAUAGGAUUUUCGUAGCAACAUGGAAUGUGGCCGGAAAGUCUCCUCCGAGUCAUUUGAAUCUCGAAGAUUGGCUCCAUACCUCUCCUCCUGCUGACAUUUAUGUCCUUGGGUUUCAAGAAAUUGUUCCUCUCAAUGCUGGCAAUGUCUUAGGUACAGAAGAUAAUGGCCCAGCAAGAAAAUGGCUAGCUCUUAUUAGGAAGACCCUAAAUAGUCUUCCAGGUACAAGUGGCGAUUAUCGUUCUCCUUCGCCAAUCCCCGAUCCUAUUGUAGAAUUGGAUGCAGAUUUUGAGGGAUCAGCGCGUCAAAAGGCCUCGUCUUUCUUCCAUCGUCGAUCCUUUCAGUCAUUGAGCCGCAGCAUGAGAAUGGAUAACGACAUGAUGACGCAACAACCUAGGCUAGAUAGACGUUUCAGCGUUUGUGAUAGGGCCAUCUUUGGUCAAAGACCAAGUGAUUAUGAUCCUAAUAUGAAAUGGGGUUCCUCUGAUGAUGAGAAUGGACCUGGUGAUUCGCCGGGUACCCCUUACUAUUCACCAAUUGACUACAUUGAAUCAUUCUCAGUUGAAGACAAUAAUAGGCAAGCGGGACAGUCAAGGUACUGUUUGGUUGCCAGUAAGCAAAUGGUUGGGAUAUUUCUAACAGUGUGGGUAAAGAGUGACCUCAGAGAUGAUGUUCGCAACAUGAAAGUUUCUUGUGUGGGCAGAGGAUUGAUGGGUUAUCUUGGGAACAAGGGUUCAAUUUCAAUCAGCAUGUCAUUGCACCAGACGAGCUUUUGUUUCAUCUGUACCCAUCUAACAUCUGGGCAGAAGGAGGGAGAUGAGCUACGGAGGAAUUCUGAUGUCAUGGAGAUCCUUAGAAAGACAAGAUUUCCAAGAGUUCAUGGUAUGGGAGAUGAAAAGUCCCCUCAAACAAUUUUAGACCACGAUCGCAUUAUUUGGCUUGGGGACUUGAAUUACAGGAUUGCCUUGGAUUACCGUAUGGCAAAGGCUCUCGUUGAAAUGCACAAUUGGAGGGUAUUGUUAGAUAAUGACCAGCUGCGGAUAGAACAGAAACGUGGACGAGUGUUUGAGGGAUGGAGUGAAGGGAAGAUAUAUUUCCCUCCCACAUACAAGUACUCUAAUAAUUCAGAUCGAUAUGCAGGGGAUGAUAGGCACCCAAAGGAGAAACGAAGAACCCCUGCGUGGUGUGAUCGUAUAUUAUGGUAUGGACGAGGCCUGCAUCAGUUAUCUUAUGUACGUGGAGAGUCGAGAUUCUCAGAUCAUAGACCAGUCUAUAGCAUAUUUUUGGCCGAGGUUGAGUCCAUUAACCGCAAUCGAAUCAAGAAAAGCAUGAAUUCUUCCAGUUCAAGAAUUGAGGUGGAAGAGCUAUUGCCACACGCACGAGGAUACACUCAACUAAAUUACUUUUAAGAAAUGUUACUGCUGAUUCAUGCAUAUUCCCUGCAUUCUCAAUACUAUUGAAGGAUCAAAAGCACUAUUGCCAAGGUAGGCACUAUUGCCACCAAACUCACUGCCUUGGUGGUGACAGAGACAUUUUUUUGCCUACAAAUCCAAUAAAAGAUCGGUUUGCUUCUGUGGAUAAUUCCUGAUUCAGCAAGACUGCAGCCAGUGAAUAUUCCACAUCUCAAAGUGCUAUUUUGCAAACACAACUUCUAACUCGAUCGAUGGAGCAUAUUCCGACAUCAUGAUAAGGCUUAACUUCAGGAAGUGUUCAAGAGUGUAAUUUACUUGCAAUUCAAGCUACAAAGAAGAUGUGAAUAAAAUUUAAAAGAAGUGAGUGAGAGAUCAUGUUGGCUACUGUUCAUAAAUUUAAAAGAAUAAUUUUUUUGAUGAAUAUAUGAAGUUUCUUUUUCUUUA